CCAUCUUGGUUCAUCUGUAUCUCUGGGAGACACCUGGGAGCUUUGAUAAGAUAUUUUCAGGCUAACAACAUUUUAGAAUGAAGUCAAAGAGUCUCUAUGUCCUCCUCAGUCCAAAUAUGGUCGCUUCCUGUUCACUGGUUGCAGAAAAACAAGAUGGCGACGGACAGCCGGUCAAACUGGAGGCUUCAAUGAGUGACGUCCCCAUGACAACAGGUUUGGACUAACGUGCACUAAAAGGCACGUGGUGCGGAUUGAACACAGAGUGACUCUCUGCUCAGGUCCACGUUGCUCCUCUAGAUCUACAGAGAUGAUUCAUUGAUGAGAUGUUAUCGAUAUCUUGUAAAGAAGCUUAAAGACAAACAUCAGUUCUCUUCCAACCUGUAACAACACGCUACGACUCAUCAGUGCUGAGGUCCCCCCCCCCCCUGAAUGAGGGAGGAGAGGGGUUCUCUGCACUGAAGGAAACGAGGCCGAUGGAGGUGCAGCCGAGGCUUCCUCCCCCCGCUGCGGUUUCCUGUUUGGAGGCGGGAGGAUGUUGAGACGGUUUCUUGCGGCGCUUCAGCUCGUCGUUGUCACGGUAACGCUGCUGAUCGGUUGGUGUCAGAGCUGCAAAGAGUCUGAUCCACACACACGUUCCAUCACAUGUCAUCAAGCUGAGGCUUUUAUCCAAAGCGACUUUCAAUAAGAGCAUUUCAACCGUAAAGAACAAGAAACUACGUGGCAUUUCAUCAAAUAAUCUGAUUUACAACUAGUUAUAGAUAAGAGCCAUUUUAAGUCCAGUUUAAGGUCUACAGUGUGUUUUAGUGGAGGUUCAGUCUGAGGAGGUGAAGGCUCUCUGUGGUCCUGAUGUCAUCAGAAGAUGACACACACACACACACACACACACACACACACCUCUGAUGUCUUCUUUGUGCACAUUUAGUGUCCCUUUAAAUGGUUUUCUCUCUAAAGCCUUCCUCUGCGUCUCUGAACCGCCAGAGGACGAUGUCUCUUUGGACACACGCAGAGGACCAGAGUCCGAGUGGUGUAGCGGGGAGCAAAGGGGGAGGAGGUUAUUGGCUGCUGGAGGUAGGGGGAGGAGCUGAUUGGCUGCUGGAGGUAGGGGGAGGAGCUGAUUGGCUGAUGGAGGCAGGGGGAGGGGGAGACUGUUUGAAGUUGGUCGCUGAAGAUCAGACUCCAGAUCAGAUCAGGAGACGUCUGCAGACAUUGCGGAUGUUCAGUCGUCACCUCAUGUGGACCUGUCCUCCAUCUGUCUUCAGGUCUAGGUGAGUCCUCCAUCUGUCUUCAGGUCUAGGUUAAAACAUGGCUGACUCGGGGCUCCUGUGGGUUCUGGUGGCCGCCGUUGUGGUCUCCACGGUGGUGCUGGCGGGGGUCUGCCUGCGAUGCCGCCGAGGCCCUCAGGUCUGCUUCCGCCAAGCCAACGCCUCAGAGGACUACCUGCCAUCUCCUCAGUUUAGAGUCAUCCAUCCAUCCCAGACGAACCCCGACCUGACCUCUGAACACCUUUCCUCCAACCUGUUGUCUCCUCACUUUACGUCAGCUGAUUCCCAAAAUCACAGAAGACAACAAUCGUUCACUCCGACAGAAACAGAAAGUAAUCCGAGUUAUGAGAAUCCAGCAGAUGCAGACGGUCCUGACUACAUUAACGCUGAGAGCGACGCUGAUGACGCCGGCUACAUAUUGGUGUUGCCUGAAGAGCAGACCGGUCGGACCAAUGGGAGCAGAGCCUCCACGCCGAGUUCAGAUGUUCAACAUGAUUAUGAAAACGUUCCAGAGAAGAAAUUUGAGGUUGAAGUUGAAGAUGAUGAGGAUGAUGAUGAUGAAGAUGAAGGGAACUACGUCAACGUGCAGGACGGCCUCCAGCCGAGUGACGGAGCGCAGCGGCCAUCUUCAUCUUCUUCUUCUGAGGAUUAAACUGGAGACACUUCAGUCUCUGAUUUAACUUCUGUACCUUUUUAUAUUCUUCUCAUUUGCAUCAUUAGAUUUUCACUGACGUCUCCUGAGAUUCAACCCGAGCGUUCUGUAUUUAUGUCGAUGUUCUAAUAAAUGUGUUUUGGCAAUUAAAC